CGGAGAGACCAAAACACAUAUAUACAGUUUCCCCAUACUCAACCUUCCACCCCCCCUCACCCUUCCUCCAUAGCAGCUCUGUUCAAAAUGUCAACCCUCAAUGCGUCCUUCGAGGACGCCAUUCGGAUUACUCCCCAAGGCAAUAACAAGUACAGCGCCCAUCUUCACCCAGAAUGGUGCAUCGGAACCGUCCCCCACGGUGGCUAUACAACGGCAGUCAUCUACAAUCUUGCCCUAACACACUUCGCCUACGCCCACCCAACACAAUAUGAUACCCCCGCCUCCCCGAUCUCCCUCCAACUCUCUUUCCUCCGUCGCACGGCCGCCGGCCCCGCAACCCUUGAAGUCGAAGACGUAAAGAUCGGCGCGCGAACGAGCACAAUCCAUAUCAAACUCCUGCAACCAUCCGAGAAGAACCCUGCUCAACUCAGCGUCAAUGUCGUUGGCUACAUCACCGUCAGCCCGCCCAGCGCGGAGGUCGGUAUCAGCGCGCCAACGGGGUGGAAGCCGUAUCCCGCCCCGCCCCCGGGUUCUCUUCCCGAUGGGAAAAUCGACCUGCCCACUCUCGCGCGCACUGGGAAGGACGGCGCGUGGAUAAAGCAGAAUCCUCCCUUCCUUGAUUUCCGCCGCGCAGGCGCACAGAUCGAGCUAUACGGGCCCCGGAAGGACGAGACUCGGCAGCAGCCCACAGGGGCCACCACUAUCGACCAGUGGGCUCGGUUCCAGCCUGGCGGGGACAAGAAUGGUCGUUGGACGGACGCUGCCGUUGUCUAUCUGUUGGAUAUGUUCCCCAUGGCGUUGGAGGGGUUCGAUACCCUGUCCGCGACGGCGGUGGCUAAGGCUAAGGGGGAGGAGGUGCCGGAGACGAAGGCUAAGUUUUGGUAUCCGACCGUGACGUUGAAUAUUGAUAUGAAGAAGCAUUUGCCUAAGGAGGGGGUGGAGUGGUUGUAUAGUCGUAUUGUGACUAAGGUUGUGCGGGGUGGGAGGACGGAUUUGGAUGUUAGUGUUUUGGAUGAGAAUGGGGAGGUUAUUGCGUUGAGUACUCAGGUUGGACUCGUUGUGAGUGCGAGUCGUAAUGUUGGGUCGAGAAAGUUGGAGAAGUUGUAGAUGGCUUUUCGCCUGGGGAUCAGGGUUAGAGUGUUGGCUCUGUAGAUAGCGUUGGAAAUAUAUAUUUGUGAUUAGACUAGGUAUAUUUAGCUAAAUCGAUUACACACUACUCGAAUCGACGUGCGGAAGGUUUCAAACCGAUGAAAAUGCUCAGGUAGAUUGUAUCCACGAUUCUCUUGAUUUGUACUGCCCCAAAUUAUCGGGUCGGCUUGAAUAUAUACACACACGCACCAGGAAGCAUCCCCAUUCUAUAUGAUCAGAUAUGUACAUUUCGUUCCUCACAAACCUACAGCCUCUGCUCAGAUGUAACAAUCCAAAAAGCCAUUGCAUCAAUCUUCACAACCUUCCUCUUCGCCCACUCCAGAUGACCCCCGGCACCCGCCUCAUCCUCCUGCACAGCCUGCGCCCUCACCCAAUACUUCCUCCCAAUGCGCGCUACAACCCUCGCUCUCACAACCAACACCUGCGGCGUUGUCACCGGCUUCUUAUACCGCACAUCCAACUGCACUGUGAACGUCUUCCCCCGAGGAUUCUCAUUGACCAGGCCCGAAGACAUCUGCACCGGCACCGAAGCAUGCGCCGCCACAGCCAGCGACAUCGCCUCGUCGAUCAAGGCCGCGACAACGCCCCCGUGCACGGUGGACGGGUGUCCCGCGAUCCCCGAUCCGCCGAGGUCAUAGAUCAUGAUGAUAUCCGCCGGGUUGGCGCCCGGUGUCGGGGUACCCGAUGCGCCGGCGGCAUCGUUCUUCGUUGCGGGGAGCCAGGUGGGUGGUGUUGAUGACGGGGUACUGAGAGUGCGGCGUUGGAGGGUGAGGACGUGUGGGAUGGUAGACGGGGUCUUUAUCGUUGCGGCGAAGAAUCCGUCUUCCCCGCUGGGUUUAACUCGGCGGGAGUCCGUGGGGAUUGGGGUGUAGUCCUCGGAGGAGAGGAGGGAAUUGGCCCAUUGGUGGUUGCGGAAGUGGGCAAUUGCCGAUGGCAGAGAUGCGGCGUCGGCCAUGUUGAGGAAUCGUGAUUUGAAGAGAGUGACUGCAACCACCGGAUGGGAAAGGAAAGAGUAAUCGAGCUACUGCAUCAUUGUUACCUGUCGAUCCUUUGCGCCGGCAAUAUCUCGGGGACCUCGGUUGGUUCCUAAUCGGGCAACUAACCUGGACCCUCAUUAGGUAAGCGAGAGAGAGAGAGAGAGAGAGA